GCGACUUCAUUCACCCACGCGUGGUGAAAGAAGCUCGCUUACCCACGACAGGGUCUCUAACUCCCAUUUCCGUUACCCUAGGGGAUGACAAGACCCAGCGCUUCUUCGAUCAGACGGUCACCGACCUCUCUUUCUUCCUCACUCUCGAGCCGACUGAUCGUUCACCGGCGUCUCGUCGCCACCGCUCCUCUGCACAUUUCGAUGUGAUGGAGACGGGGUACGACUUCAUUCUCGGCACUCCGUGGUCUCGUCGGUUCCGCAGCACCGAGGCCGAUUGGGCGACAAACACUCUCGUUCUCAAAACGAAGUGUGGACAGACGUAUCUCGUACCUUUCAUAGAUACCACUGCGACACCACGCCCUGAUUCUUCUCCCCCGGAGCCUUUCAUGCCCACACCAUCUCCUACCAUCACUGUCACCUCGCCUCGGCAGUUUGCCCACUUCAUCCGACAGGACGACGUCACCUUCUUUAUGGUGGACGUGACGUAUCUCUUACACUAUGAUCCACCCUGUCCCGACGCCGAGCUCAUCCCUCUGGAGCCAGAUCCUCCUUCUAUCUCCAUGGCUUCCAUCUCUACUUCCGUCCCUCCGCCGUCCGUCGAGUCCACUCCGCUGUCGCACGUUGACGCUGACGCUGAGGAGCUCGCACGAUAUACGGCUGACCUGGAGCCCGCAGUUCGUGAUCUCAUCCGAGAGUACCACGACGUUUUCCCAUCGUCGUUCUCGUACGUCGGCAUCCCACCGAUCCGUGACGUCGAGCACUCCAUUCAGCUUGUGCCUGACUAUCGUGUUCACCACCAGGCACCCUACAGUCUCUCGAUCCCCGAGGCCACCGAACUCAAGCGUCAGCUUGAGGAGCUCCUGAGACUGGGUUUCAUUAAACCCAGCAACUCCCCGUGGGGUGCACCCGUCCUCUUUGCUCGAAAAGCGGAUGAAACUCUUCGUCUCUGCAUCGACUAUCGCGGUCUCAACCGCUACACGGUUAAGAACAGUUACCCCAUGCCUCGUUUUGAUGAGUUGUUCGACCACCUAGCAGGCAACCGCUUCUUUACGAAGAUCGAUCUUCGUAGCGCUUACCAUCAGAUCCGCGUCGCUGCAGCCGACCAGCCAAAGACCGCGUUCCGAUCGCGAUUCGGCCACUACGAGUUCACUGUGAUGCCAUUCGACCUCACCAACGCACCCGCUACCUUCCAGAGGGCGAUGAACGACAUCUUCAGAGACAUCCUCGAGCAGUACGUUCUCGUCUACCUCGACGAUAUCGUGGUCUAUAGUCGUACCCUUGAAGAGCACCUCAGACACCUCCGCGACGUCCUUGACCGCUUGCGCAGACAUGGCUUCUACGCCAAGCURAGCAAGUGCCGCUUUGCCCAGCACAAAGUGGAUUUCUUAGGACACUACGUGUCUGACCAGGGUCUCCACAUGGACGAUGCGAAGAUCACUGCUAUUGCGGAGUGACCCGCCCCCACAUCCGCCAAGCAGCUUCGCAGCUUCCUAGGCCUGACCAACUACUAUAGUAAUUUCAUCCGGGGAUACGCUAGGUAUUUUUACGU